AAGUCAACGACCUCGCACGAGCAGCUGGCGUACAGCUCAGAAAGUAACAGCCAGGUUAUCUGUGUUGAUUUUCUCCUGAACGAACUAUCGCGAAGGCUUUAUUUGUGUCGUUUGUCGCAGCCAUGCAUUUCCUGAACGCGCUGCGCCUGUCAAACUCUGCUCAACUGAUGGUCAAAACUACAGAUGUGGCGAAGAAGGUUUUCAUUGUGCAACCAGCAUGCUGUAUGGGCACGAAAUCAAUAACACAGUUUCAGAGACGAUCCCCUGCAAUACGAGAUCAUUUCCAUCUGAAAAUACACAGAGAAACUAUAGAGGGAAGAGAACAGUCACCAUAUGGAACUCCACACAGGAACAUGCAUUCAAAGCCGUCUGGUUCUGGAGUGGAAAACAUGCUUUUCUACACCAUCACAGAGGGAAAAGAACAAGUGCCCAUCUCAUACUUUACAGCAGCACUGAAAAAAAAUGGUCUUCACCCAUCCGAUCCUCGCCUUAAAGACUGCAUGGAAAAGCUCCGACAGGCCGUGAAGGAAUCUGUUGGUGAGGUGAUGAUGGACAAAGACCUUUUCCACAGAUGUGUAGGAGGAAACAUUGUUCUGCUAAUCCAGGCCUUCAGGAAGAAGUUUAUCAUCCCUGAGUUUGACCUGUUUGUACAGAAAAUAAAUGAAAUCUACGAAAAAGUGCAGAAGCAAAGUGAUGGGAAGGUUGCAGACUACAUCCCCCAGCUGGCUAAAUUCAGCCCAGAGCUAUGGGGUGUGUCUUUGUGUACAGUUGACGGACAGAGGCACUCAGUAGGCCACACCAAACAGCCAUUUUGCCUGCAGUCCUGCGUGAAGCCCCUGCAGUAUGCCAUUGCCGUACAUGAGUCGGGAACAGAAAAGGUUCACCGCUAUGUUGGCAUGGAGCCCAGUGGACUCAAGUUCAAUGUGCUUUCACUUGAUGAUGAAGAUAAGCCCCAUAAUCCCAUGGUGAAUGCUGGAGCCAUUUUGAUCAGCUCUCUUAUCAAGCCUCACUCAAAUAAGGCAGAGAAGUUUGACUAUGUUAUGGAGUUUGUGAAAAAGAUGGCUGGCCAAGAAUAUGUAGGAUUCAGCAAUGCCACGUUCCAGUCAGAAAAAGAAACAGGCGACAGAAAUUUUGCCAUCGGAUACUACAUGAAAGAGAAGAAGUGUUUUCCUCUGGGAGCAGAUAUGAUUGAUGCCCUUGACUUCUACUUCCAGCUUUGCUCCAUUGAGGUAACCUGUGAGUCAGGAAGCAUCAUGGCUGCCACUCUGGCCAAUGGGGGAAUUUGCCCAAUUACAGGCGAGCGUGUCCUGAGUACUGAGGCUGUGCGAAACACCCUGAGCCUCAUGCACUCCUGUGGCAUGUAUGACUUCUCCGGCCAGAUGGCUUUUCAUGUGGGCUUGCCUGCAAAAUCGGGAGUAUCCGGUGCAAUUCUGUUGGUGAUCCCCAAUGUGAUGGGAGUGAUGUGCUGGUCUCCUCCACUGGACAGGGUUGGAAAUAGUGUCCGAGGAAUACACUUCUGUCAGGAACUUGUGUCAGUGUUCAAUUUUCACAAUUACGACAACUUGAGGCACUUUGUAAAGAAACAGGACCCUCGCAGACAGGAUGGCGAUGACAGGAACAAGUCUGUUUUCAACUUGUUGUUUGCCGCCUACAGUGGAGAUGUAUCGGCACUGAGAAGAUUUGCGCUUUCUUCCAUGGACAUGGAUCUCAAAGACUAUGAUUCUCGAACAGCGCUUCAUGUUGCUGCAGCUGAGGGUCACAUGGAUGUAGUAAAAUUCCUCACUGAAACCUGCAAAGUUGAUCCACUUGUAGAAGACAGGUGGGGGAAUCUACCGGUCGAUGAUGCCAUGCAGUUUGGGCAUGACGAGCUAGUGAAGGUGCUCAAAGAUUACCAGCAAGAGUGCAUGCAGCAGGAAAAGAAGCAGAGUGAAGCUGUGCAUCACCAGAAGCUUGACACCAUCGACGGCAUGGUGUGAUAGCUAAAAUAAAGUUCUGAAAUUGUAAUACAUCAGGGCAUUUGUGCAAUUUUCCAAGUUUAGAAAUAUGGGUGUCCAUUUGUAGCACGUAACAUGAGUGACGCACAAACAACAGAAUAUAACUGUCAUGGAGCUUUAUGAAAGAGUUGGGAGAUUUUUAUUUCUUUAAAUUCCAAUCAGGUGAAUAGUUUAUUGUUUAUAAGUUCUAUUCUAUAACGUAUAUAUGUGUGAGGGUCACUUGAUUAAUAUCUCUGUCAAAGUGCAAGUGAGUACAAUGUAGUGCCACACAAAGGGAAAUUGAUGCCAUCCGACUCAAAGUUACAUGAAUUUCAGCAGCAGGUGACAGGGUAUAAAAGAUUUUUGACGACAGGAAGGUGCUUGCUGUUUUUGUUCUAUAAAGGAUUUUCCCUCCUUUGCCUUGGAUGAAUGUUGUGUGACACUGGUCUUUCUUACUCCCAGUCAAACCACCUAUCAAACUCAGCGUAUAUAAAUUAUUUGAAAUCCAUACCAUAAACACGAUGAAAUAAUAUCACAGCUAUAACACAGGAAAACAUGUUUAUGUAAACUGUUCAAAUUGAUAUUGACAUUUGAUCAUAGUGGCCAACUUAAUGUUAAUUUAUUAUGUAUAUUUUUAUACGGUGACUUGGGAAAACUGCAUGUUCAUACUGUAAAGAAAGAGAGACAAGGAGUCUCAGUGUGGUAUUUUAUGAUCUCCAGCCUCAUAAUAAAUUAUAGAAAUCAAUAAGGUUCCAAAAACUAAAUGGUGUGAAAGGUUUGGCAUUAAAUCCAUCUAUGCCACCCAACGUUUGAUUUUAUUUUGAUGUUAUUAAGUUAGUCAAUGCUUCAUAGUGUGACAAAUUUGAUAUUAAAUAUUCUGCAGCACCCAGUAAAUCAACUGAAUACAUGAUGAAAAAGCAGCAGGAGAGUGUGUUUUGCAUAAUCAAGAUAUUUCAAUGAAAACAAAUGGAACAAGUAAUGUAAUAAGAACUAUUUAGCGAGAUAUAACGAAUGUAUGCCACAUUAUUUUAACCAUAUAAAGACUGUACCAUGAAAUAAUUGCCAGAAAAGUCACAUUUUCUGAAAGAGGAUUGUGUAUUUAACCUUCUGCAAAAUGUAAUAAAUAAAUAAAUACAUAUAAAUUUGCAUAUAUGAGCUUAUAUUGCAUAUAUGAGCUUUAAUUUAUACCAUUUUUGUUAAAUCCAGUGUUUAUGUGAAAUUUCUUGCUUAGAAGUCACACUUUUAAGUCUUUAAGAGUCUUUAAAACUCUCAAAAACUCAUAACAAAUAUGAUACCCUUGACAUUACGGGGUUAUGACUCCCCUCUCCUUACCAAUGCUUUAUUUAUAAAUGUAGAGUUAAUAAUUAUUGACAGAUUGUACCUUUAAUUUCAUGCAUAUGAUACAACAGACUGUAGCCACAGAGCAAAAAUGCUUCAUUUUUUCUUUAAUCCAUCAGAUGGCACUAUGUGCCUGUCCAACAUGUGUCCGUGCUGUUUGUAAACUGGUCAACCUACAGUAUCAGUUGUUAUCAGGUGUAACAGUGCGCCUUAGAUUUGUGGAGAGAAAAAGCACUGCUGAGCAAUAAAGAGCUUAUAUAAGAUUAAGCUGCCAUUCAGAGAGACUGGUGCUGCCUGAAGAGACUCUAGUGGUCCUGACAGGAUCUUGAACCCAUUCCACCAAAGAAACAAACAGAAACAGACAUUUAGACAACAAAUAUGCAACGCAAUAUUUUCUACACAUUUUACUUGUUCUUUAAAUGGAUUUCUUUUAGUCUCUUAGACCAAUAUUUCUCUUUUCUAUUUUGGAAAGUGAGCAAAUAUGUCACAACUGUAUCCAGCAUUUUGAAUGAUUUAAGAAAAAAAUCUACUCCUCACCACCCAGUCGAUUAGGUGCAGCUCUUGAUUUGAACGCUUUACUGUGUGUAGACUGGUGCUCUCUGUUUUCUCAAAAGCAUUCAAUAAAAUCGA